CAAUUAUAAAUCAAUUUUUUUACAAUAUUGUAAACAUUUAUUUUACAUUUUAUUUUAAAGUCAGAUGAAAUAUAAUAAUCGGAAGAGAUCAACAAUGUUACGUCAUAUAUAAAUAAAAUAAAGUAAUUGAAUACUGAAUUAAUCUACCCCAUGGUUACAUAGUUUUUAAAAUGUACUCCCCAAGACAGAAGAUAUUGUGGUUUGCAUUUAAUACCAGAAUUUUCAUAAUUUUCCUGCAAGCAGUCUUCAAUGCUGUCAUUCCAGAUCAUGAUGCAAAUGUUUUUAUAAGUCCAGAAGACCCAACUUUAAGAAAAACAAUAGCAGAUUUUUUCAUUGAAAAGAUUUUUGGAGGAUUCAAAAGAUGGGAUGGUCAGUAUUUUAUUCAUAUUUCCCAAUAUGGAUAUACAUAUGAAAACUGUUUAGCAUUUUUUCCAUUAUUUCCAUUAAUUGUAAGACAUCUGGCGAACCUUAUCAAUAGUGUAUCAAACAGCUUUUUGAACUAUCAUAGUAACUUGCUAAUAUCAGCAACUUUGAUUAACAUUGUGUUUUUUAUAAAAUCAGCUGAUGUAUUACAUAGACUAAGUCUUAGGGUACUUAAGAGUGAAAGCAAAGCUUACAAAUCAGUGAUUCUGUAUUGUGUUAAUCCAGCCAGUAUAUUUUUUGUUGCUCCAUAUUCUGAAUCCUUGUUUGCUUUUAUGUCAUUUUAUACUAUGUUGAAGUGUACUGAACCAGAGACUUUAAGGUUUGCUAAUAUUGACAUGAUCACUGCUAUACCUGUUGGGUUUUCCAUGAUAACAAGAUCUAAUGGGUCCUUGAACUUAGGAUUUAUAUUUUAUACCAGUUUUAAGAAUACAAUUGAGAAAACAAUACCUGAGAUAAUGUACAAAUAUAGAACAUUGAAAAAUAAAAUUAUUAUUCCUGCAUUAAUGUUACCAUUACUUACAUCAGCUUUGGCACUGUUCAUGACUACAAUAGUAGCUAUAAUGCCAUUUGUGUUGGUCCAAGCCUAUAAUUACUUCAAGUUUUGCAUUGUAAUUGAAAAUACUUUACCAGAAUUUCUAUUAAAUUCAGAGUUUGUCUUACCAGGAAGUGCAGAAAGUCCAUGGUGUAAUAAAACAUUGCCUUUUUCAUAUUCUUACAUCCAAAGCCAUUAUUGGAAUGUGGGUUUUUUCAAAUACUAUCAAAUUAAACAGUUACCAAAUUUUAUAUUGGCUCUGCCUGUUUUAGUUCUAAUUUUAUAUAAUUGUUUGAGUUAUGUAAAAAAUAAUAUAAGGUUAUUUGUAAGGCUUGGAUUGAAAGACAAUAUAUCAUACUUUGGGUAUACAACUAAGAUUAGUUGUAGGCCUAAGCAAUAUUCUAAAGGAUUUGGGACCAAUGACCCAGUAUACUUUGUGUAUGUGGUGCAUGUAAUGUUAUUAACAAUCUUUAGUAUAAUGUUUGUUCACAUACAAGUUACAACAAGGCUUUUAGCAUCUGCAAGUCCUGUCUUGUAUUGGAUAUGCUCAAAUAAAAUUAAUGUGGGUCCCACCCCAACAUCUGAUCAAAAUACAAUUAAUGAGCAUUUUCGGAGGGUUGGCAUGGGAAAGAGAAUACCAUCACAUCAUUUAUCUAUUGCCAAUUUGGAGGGUAUUGAUAACAUGUACAGUAAAUGGAAAACUUUUAUCAUAACCCGCAGAAUGCCUGACCCUCAGUCCCGCUUCAUACAAUGUUAUUUUAUUGGUUAUGUUGUAACUGGUACUAUACUGUUUUGUAAUUUCUUACCUUGGACUUAAUUAUCUGAUCAAAGCUUUAUAUGCUCACAUAUCAUUGUCAAACAUCAUAUCAUUUUUAUUGUUAGAACAUUGAAUAGAUUAUUAAUAGAAUAAGUCAAUUUAUUAAAACUUUUGCUUAAAAUUCAAUAAUGCAUGGGGCCUUUAAAAUAGUCAAUUUUCAAGUGUAGACCUUGGAAAUUUUAAAAUGU